CGUUGAUGGGGAUACUCAAACUAUUCCUCAUGAAUUGAUAACUGAAAAUGAAAUGCUUAGAAGAGAGAUUGCUACUUUGCGUGAACAAUGGGAUGCUGCUAUAAAUAGAUCUAUAGCUAAUGAUCUACGAAUUCUAGAGCUUACGGAUAGGGAAAUGGUUGAUUUCAGUGCUCAGUGCACUCCUACAGAAUCCAAUAUCUGUCAAUCCUGUAAUGGUGUAUUAGGCAAGACUUCAUCUGUCUGCAGUGCAAGCACUCAGACGGAAAAAUUGAUAAUAGAAGAGGGUUAUCAGUGCACUGACACUCUUGGCUCUACUCAGAAACAAGAUGGCGCUACGCAGACUAGUGUGGAAAAUGGUGAAAUUAUUCCUCAUGUGCUUCCUUAUGGUCUGGACAAAAGUCAUCUUGACCUCCUACUUGAAGAGAAUGUGAGUCUCAUGGACCAAAUAAUAUCUAUAGGCAGUGAGCUAGAGAAGGCAAGGAAAAUUCAAUCUCAAAUGGAAGAUCUUACUGUUGCUUUCAACACAUCAAGAAGUGAACAUUUGAGCUCUUGCGAUUCGCCUACAAACGUAGAUAUUAAUGUUAGAAUAUGGGCUGAUAGUCAUGGGAGAGGAAUAAACGAUGCUCUUGACAAAUUACUUCCUUCAAAUUAUAAAUCUACCACCCACAUUGCACCAGGUGCUCCAAUGGAGAUUGUUAUCGAGAAUAUGCUCUGCAAACGUGAAAUUGAGAGCACUAAAUCAAGUGACUAUGUAGUUUUGAUAGGAGGCACAAAUAGUUUCAGUGCUGAUGGAAAUACAGAGGAUCUCUUGAAAAACUUUACAGAACGUCUUGUGAAAGUGAUAGAGGCAUACAAGCAUACAAACUUUAUUCUCACUACUGUUCCAUAUAGAUACGAUCUUCGAGAGAAUUCGAUAGAAAACAUCAGAAUCAAUCGUAUCAAUAGAGUCAUCAGAAAUAUACCUAAGUUCUAUCAAGGGGGAUCUGUGAAGAUUGUUAGUGUUUGGGCAUAUGAAAGAUCACUACAUACAGGUCAUGGCUUGCACCUUAACAAAAGAGGAAAACGUAGAUUAGCAUGGGAUAUUUAUAAAAAGGUAGUUGAGAAGUCAUUUGGAAAAGUAUUCAGGAAGCAUGAAAGAGAACUGAGACCCGAAAUACUAGUGGAAAAUGGAUGCAACCCAUCUAUUACUCCCCAACAUGGUUCUUUUUUAGAAGAGUAGAGGAGCGAAGGUCUGAUUCGAUUACUACGCCUGUAUGCACACAAACUGUGACUGAUGUUGCCAUUUCGACAAGUGAUUCAUAUAAGAUUCCAGUUUAUAACCGUAACAAUCUCAAAGGUGGUGCUGAUAGAAAUAUUUCUAUUAAUAAAUUGAAAUUAUCUAUUCUUCAUAUUAAUAUACAAUCCAUCAGAAAUAAAUUGAGUAUGAUAGAAGCUGAACUUGUAAACAAACCAGUGGAUGUUUUAUGUAUGUGUGAACACUGGUGUGUGAGAGAUGAAAUAGAUUGUUAUGUGCCAUCUAAUUACGUGCUUGCUAGUUUCUAUUGUAGAGAGCCACCACAGUCACACGGGGGAUCGUCCAUAUAUGUUAAGAAAGAUAACAUUUUUGAAGUUAUCGACGUAGCCAAUCUUUGCACUGAUUUUCUAUGUGAGGCUUCAGCCAUCAAGCUUAUUGAGAAUUCUAUUAUUGUAAUAAAUGUAUACAGGACUCCGAACUCUGAUGUAAAGACUUUCUUUGUGUAUCUUGAAAAUCUGUUGGAAUAUAUUCUCACAAAAUGUUGUAAAUCUAUUAUAUUGGCAGGAGAUUUUAAUGUAAAUAUCUUGGAUGUUAACAGUUUGGCUUGUAAUGAUUUUUUAAAUCUUCUUAGGUCUUUUAAUGUUUAUUGUGCGAAUAAGUUGCCCACUAGGGGGCAAGCUUGCCUAGAUAAUAUUAUCACUGAUAUUCAACCUGAUUUAUGUAAAGUAUCAUUGCUGGGUGAAGGAAGAUUGUCAGAUCAUGCAGGGGUGUGGCUGGAGAUUUCUGUACAAGAUUCUAAGACUGGGAAUGUACGAAACAAGACUGUAACCAAACGAUUAAUAACUGAUGAUAGAUUAUUAGAACUUAAGAAUAGAUUUUUGAAUGUUAACUGGUCUCAGAACUGUUACAAUGAAAAUUUGAAUGUAGCUUUUGAAAAUUUUAUGAAUGUAAUAUUGAAUCAUUUUAAUAUAUGUUGUCCUGUAAUUACUUAUGUUGAAAGUGCUAAGAAAAAAUCUUGUAACAAGUGGUACACACCUCAAAUAGCAAAUAUGAGAAAUUGGCUGAUUAUUUUGUAUAAUAGAUGGAAGUAUAGUCAUGACAUUGAAGAUAGGCAAAACUUCUUGAAAUUUAAAAGAGAUUAUAGGAAAGCCAUUACAAACUCUAAAAUUAAGACCAAUGAUGACUGUAUUACUAGAGCAAAAAAUUUGUGUAAAGCGGCAUGGAAUAUUAUAAAAACUGAGUCAGCAACUUCUGGAUAUAAACAGCAAGAGCCACCUAUAUCAGCAGAUGUUUUAAACAAUUAUUUUAUAAAUGUAUCAUGUGCUAUUAAUGCUAGUAACGUACCUUCUGAGAAUCAUUCAAUUUUGUUAAAUAAAUUUAAAAUGCCUUUGAACUUAGAAAAUAAUAAUUUCAAAUGGAAAAAAGUGGAACCAAAGCUGGUUCUUGACAUUGUAAAAAAUCUAAGCACUUCAUCAGCAGGUGAUAUUUAUGGCCUGAGCAAUGUCGUUGUCAAAGGUUUCAUAGAAGGUAUACUGACACCUCUUACAUUUCUGAUUAAUUCAGUUCUUAUGGGUGGAAAAUUUCCAGAUUGCUUAAAGCUCAGUAAGGUAACUCCGGUUUACAAGAAAGGUGAUAAAACGCAGCCUAAUAGUUACAGACCAAUAGCUUUAGUUCCUAUAAUAGGUAAGAUUAUUGAAGCCUGUAUGUUUGUUCAAUUGUACGACUAUUUUAAUUCCAAUGACUUACUCUAUGAACAUCAAUAUGGUUACCGACCGAAACAUUCUACCAUAACAGCCGUUGAGACUGUUGUUAAUAGGAUAUUAGAAGCAUUUGAGAAUAAGUUAAUUGCAGGUGUGUGUCUAAUAGAUUUACAAAAAGCAUUCGACUCCAUAUCACACACUAUUCUAGAGAAUAAAUUACGCCACUAUGGUAUCUUGGGCAGUGAGCUAAAUGUAAUCAUGUCUUAUCUGCAGAAUAGGAGACAAGUUGUAAUUAUAAACAGUAAGAAGUCAGAAGUUGUAAAGGUGAUAGCAGGAGUACCUCAAGGGUCGAUAUUGGGCCCAUUCCUAUUUCUAAUAUUCAUGAAUGACUUUCAUUGUAGUGUAUCAUCUAAUAAUUGUCUACCAAUACUGUAUGCAGACGACACAUCAUUGAUGUGCUCUCAAAAAAGACAGGAAGACGUUACAGCAAGGUUGAUAGAGAGUAUCCAAUUGUCUACGGCCUGGUUUGAAUCUAAUAGAUUAGCAAUUAAUAAUGAUAAGACUGAGAAUAUAUAUUUUUCAUUGGCGAACAAUGUUUGUGAGAAUAGAUCAGUCAAAUUGUUAGGUUUAUAUUUAGAUAAUAAGUUAACAUGGAAAGAGCAAGUGGAGUUUGUAUGCAGGAAAAUUUCAAGAGUAGUCUAUCUUAUAAGGAAGUUAAAAUAUUGCGUAGGUACUCAAACACUACUGAUGACCUAUUUUGGCCUGUUCCACUCACUCAUCAGUUAUGGAGUUAUGCUGUGGGGGAACAGCAGCAAUGCAGGAAGGGUGUUAAUACUACAGAAAAAAGUCAUCAGAAUUAUUGCUAACCUGCAGCAAAGAGAUUCCUGUAGAGAGAGUUUUAUUAAAUUCGGUAUAAUGACUGUGACUUCAUUGUAUAUUUACUACAAUCUAAUCCAGGUGAGAAACAAUUUGGGAAAUUAUCUUCAAAAUAGUGAUAACCAUAAUUACAAUACCAGACAAAACGGUGACCUUCUCACACCCUAUGUAAGAUUGUCUAGAACUCAUAGGAGUCAUAUGUAUCAGAGGCAUGUAAUGUUUAAUAAAAUCCCCAUAGCAAUAAGAAAUUUGCAAGAAAAAAGCUUUAAAUUAGUGGUAAAGAAUUGGCUGAAAAAGAAUCCAUUUUAUAACUUAAGAGAAUUUCUAGACUGUGAUAUUAGUAGUAUUGCUAGACUGUGAGCUAUAAUUAGUUUUCAUGUUAUAUAUUAUAUUGUAAUAUGUAUUUCAAAUUUAUAUUUUGACGAAGCCUAUUGCAUUGAUGUUUAUAUGUUUAAUGGCAAAUAAAAUUC